CAGCCUCGUUUUGGAGAGAGUUUCGCAUGCAGACUGCAAGAGAAAGCCGAGAGAGGAGGUCCCUGCCAGCUAGCCAGCCUGCCCUGCCUUGGGAGCACAUCUGGAAGUGGUUUCUGGAGCAGCCUCUGGGCACAAGGCUCGGAUUCCCAGCAGUGGAAGGAGUGGAAGAAACCCGAGCCCUCCGACGUCAACGCAAGCGGAGGUGGGUGUGGACAGCGGAGGCACACUCUCUUGGAAACAGUGUUUUGGCCUCGGGGCUCCCUGGCAAGGGAUUUCCAAUGGGAUCUUAGAAGCAGCAGAGCGAAGCUCAGCAGCCCUUGCGAGGCCAGCGGCAAUUUGAACGCUCCGCCCUGCCCGGGUUCUGGACUAAGGAACCCAAAGCCUCCCUCACCAGUUCACAGGUCCUGGUUGUCAUCCAGGUGGAUGCACAUGGCUCUUCUACGCAAAAUUAAUCAGGUGCUGCUGUUCCUUCUGGCCCUGACCCUUUGUGGGAUUCUGUACAAGAAAGUUCAUAAGGGAGCUGUCCUCAAGAAUGAAGCAGAUGAUGAUUCCGAGUCCCCCGAGGACAUGGAGGAGGAGAUUCCAGUGGUGAUCUGUGCUGCCCCAGGGAGGAUGGGUGCAGCCAUGGCCGCCAUCAACAGCAUCUACAGCAACACUGAGGCCAACAUCGUGUUCUACGUAGUUGGACUACGGAACACUCUGUCUCGAAUACGAAAGUGGAUCGAGCAUUCUAAACUGAGAGAAAUAAACUUCAGAGUUGUGGAGUUCAACCCCGUAGUCCUCAAGGGGAAGAUCAGACCAGACUCAUCGAGGCCUGAGCUGCUCCAGCCUCUGAACUUCGUUCGAUUUUAUCUCCCUCUGCUUAUCCAUCAACAUGAGAAAGUCAUCUAUUUGGAUGAUGACGUCAUUGUGCAAGGCGACAUCCAGGAACUGUAUGAUACCACCUUGGCUCUGGGCCAUGCAGCGGCCUUCUCGGAUGACUGUGAUUUGCCCUCUGCUCAAGACAACAACAGAAUUGUGGGGCUGCAGAACACAUACAUGGGCUAUCUGGACUACCGGAAGAAGACCAUUAAGGACCUUGGCAUCAGCCCCAGCACCUGCUCAUUCAAUCCUGGUGUGAUUGUUGCCAACAUGACCGAAUGGAAACAUCAGCGCAUCACCAAGCAGCUGGAAAAAUGGAUGCAAAAGAACGUGGAAGAAAACCUCUACAGCAGCUCCCUGGGAGGAGGAGUGGCUACCUCUCCAAUGCUGAUUGUGUUUCAUGGGAAGUAUUCCACCAUCAACCCUCUGUGGCACAUUCGGCACCUCGGCUGGAACCCUGAUGUAAGAUAUUCGGAGCAUUUUCUGCAGGAAGCUAAACUACUCCACUGGAACGGAAGACAUAAGCCCUGGGACUUUCCUAGUGUUCACAACAACUUAUGGGAAAGCUGGUUUGUUCCUGACCCUGCGGGGAUCUUUAAACUCCAUCACAACAGAUGAUGGACACACUGCGACACUUCAAGUAUUCCCUGGACAAAAAUGGAAUCACCCUUUGCAACCUCCCCUAGUCCUGUUCUGAAGGAACAGCACCUCGGAUACAUAGAUCUACAAUGGAAGAAGCAGAAACUGCUGUUACAUGUUCAACCAUGGAACAAAGGCAGACCUAACUUCUUGAAGUACAAGUGGUAAUUAUGAUUGGCCCUUCACCCUCUUCCUCUCUCUUCUUGGUGUUUUGAGACAGGGUCUCACUAUGGACCCCAGGCUGGUCUGGACUUGACAAUUACAUCAGAAAACUUCAAAAGUCUCUAAUUUUUAUGGACCCCAGGCUGGUCUGGACUUGACAAUUACAUCAGAAAACUUUAAAAGUCUCUAAUUUUUCAGUUAGGUAUUUUUGUAGCUGUUCUUACUGGUUCUGAUUUUGCAUAAGAUAGGAUCUCUCUAUAUAGCCCUGGCUGGCUUAGAAUUCACUUAUCGACCA